GACUUUUUAAGGCCAACGAAAGAAUUGAAUUAAAAUUUUCUCUUCUCUUCUGGCUUCACCAAAUUUCUUUUCCGCCAUGGAAGAACACGGAGUCGAGCUCUUUGAACAACUCCGCCUGCAGGCACAAGGCGCAGUGGUCAAUGACGACGUGCGGCGGAAUCCGCCGGAGAGUAGUGAGUCGCCGCCGAGUCUGGAGGAAGUGGAGGCGAUUCUCGGCUACGAGUUCCGGGAUAAGCGGUUGCUCGAAGAGGCUUUCACGGAUUCCUCGUAUUCGCCGGAAAAUUGCUUCUCCUUCGAGCGAUUGGAGUACGUCGGCGACUCGGUGUUGAAUUUCUUGAUCACGAGAGAGCAGUACUUCUCGAAUCCGAGUUUAUCGCCCGGGUCGCUGACUCGACUCAGAGCUGCGAAUGUUGACACGGAAAAACUCGCUCGAGUUGCGAUAACGCACGGAUUCCAUCGGUAUCUUCGCCACAACAAAUCCGAUCUCGACAAGAAAAUAGAAGAGUUUGCAGAAGGGAUGAAGGAGUAUCCACUACAUUCCAAUGGACUAAUCAAAGCUCCAAAAAUUCUAGCGGACAUUGUGGAAUCAACUAUUGGAGCUGUUUUCACCGACAGUAACUCUAUGGACACAGUUUGGACGAUAUUUAGAGGUCUAAUGGAGCCAUUGAUAACUUUGAAGACUAUAAAAAGACAUCCAAUGACGGAGUUAACAGAAAUUUGCCAAAAAAGAAAUCUGAAGCUUGAAUUUGUGGACUCAUGGGAGAAAACAAAGGAGGUUCAAGUUUUCAUAGACAAACAGCUCGUGGGAAAAGGGAGUUACAGGAAAAAGCUUAUUGCCCAAAAUCGAGCUGCCAAAGAUGCUUUGAACAACUUGGACACACUUCUUGUACAAAUUAAUCAACCUUGUCAACCUAUGUAAUCCAUAUCUUUAAAUGUUUAUUUUAUUUAUUUAUAAUUAGGUUCUAAUAAGUUCUUUCUUUUUUACUUGUUUGAUUGGCGAGAUUUUUCCAAGUUUCUCUUUUUCCCUGUUUAUAGCUUUGUCAUAGCACAGCCAUUUCUAAAUACCAUGUAAAAAGAGUCUAUACAUUCUCUGGAAACAAGAAUUUUAGAACACUAUAUUUAAUGAAAAA